UGUAUCUCGUGCUUUGAGAGGGGUGGUGUGUGUAACUGAAUAAAUGGGUAAGAGUCGGUGAGUGUAUGUGUUUCAUAUGCUGUAACACAGGAGUGAGACUGCGUGUGUUUAUUUUUGGCUCAGUGCGAGCGUGUCGAUGGCUGCCGAUGCGUCGCAAAGGAAAGCUCUGAGAUACCAGCAAACCCUGCUGUAUGGGGAAUAUCGGGAACAGCUGGGUAAUAUUGCCAGACGGGAGGCCACACGUCUGUUGACUGAAAGGCAAUGGAAGAGGCAUGCCGGCAAUGCCAAGGCAACCAGGAGAGGCCAUGGCCGAGCACAUCAUGCCAGCCUGGAUGUGGGGCCCAUGACACCAGGUUUAAACCCCUCCUCUAUAAAGAAGCCACGUCCCUAUUCCAAAUGCCAGGCCUGCCUGUCCCGGAUCCAGAGGUAUAUAGUGACAAAGUUGGGCGAGGACUGGAUCUUCCUGGUUCUUUUAGGCCUCACUAUGGCUCUGGUUAGCUGGAGCAUGGACUAUGCCAGUGCCAAGAGCCUACAAGCAUAUAAGUGGAUGUACGGAGAGCUGAAGGGGAAUGUGGCUCUGCAGUAUCUGGCCUGGGUCUCAUAUCCCAUCAUCCUCGUCGUGUUUGCAUCCCUCUUCUGUCAUCUGGUCUCUCCUCAAGCUAUAGGCUCUGGGAUCCCUGAACUCAAGACCAUCCUCCGAGGUGUGGUGUUAAAAGAGUAUCUGACGCUCAAGGCGUUUGUGGCUAAAGUCAUUGGUCUUACAGCUGGGCUGGGUAGUGGUAUGCCCAUCGGGAAGGAGGGUCCUUUUGUGCAUAUUGCCAGUAUAUGUGCAGCAGUGCUGAGCAGGAUCAUGUCCAUCUUCACCGGUGUGUAUGAGAACCCCUAUGGUUACACAGACAUACUGACAGUAGGAUGUGCUGUUGGGGUGGGCUGCUGUUUUGGGACUCCCCUUGGAGGUGUGUUGUUCAGUAUUGAGGUCACGUCAACAUAUUUUGCAGUAAGGAAUUACUGGAGAGGAUAUUUCGCUGCCACAUUCAGUGCCUUCAUAUUCCGAGUUCUGUCAGUGUGGAACAAAGAUUCUGUUACGAUUACAGCGCUGUUUCGUACAAACUUUCGAAUGGAUUUCCCUUUUGACCUUCAGGAACUGCCAGCUUUUGCAAUAAUCGGGAUCUCAUGUGGGUUUCUAGGGGCAUUCUUUGUAUAUCUAAACAGACAAGUUGUUCUGAUCAUGAGGAGACCAACGGCACUUACACGAUUUCUCACAAAACACCGGUUGAUUUACCCUGGUGCAGUGACACUAAUUAUAGCCUCCUUCACAUUUCCUCCGGGCUUCGGCCAGUUCAUGGCUGGAGAGCUGAUGCCCAGAGAGUGCAUUAAUUCACUGUUUGAUAACUUCACAUGGACAAAGAUCUGGGGUUCACCGGCUCCACCUGGAUUGGGUCGCUCUGCUGCCUGGCUCCACCCACAAGUCAGCGUCUUCGUCAUCCUAAUCCUCUUCUUCAUCAUGAAGUUCUGGAUGUCUGCAGUUUCUACUACAAUGCCGGUCCCUUCAGGAGCCUUCAUGCCUGUUUUUAUAUUGGGAGCAGCAUUCGGCCGUUUGGUGGGUGAGAUCAUGGCCACGCUGUUUCCGAACGGAAUUCUGUUUGAUGGGAUUGUGUACCAAAUCCUGCCUGGAGGCUAUGCAGUGAUAGGGGCAGCAGCUAUGACAGGAGCCGUAACACACACAGUUUCAACAGCAGUCAUUUGUUUUGAACUGACGGGUCAAAUCUCACACAUCCUGCCCAUGAUGGUGGCCGUGAUUCUCGCCAACAUGGUGGCACAGGGUCUACAGCCUUCUCUUUAUGACUCCAUUAUUCAGGUCAAAAAGCUGCCCUAUCUUCCAGAGCUCAGCUUUGGCCACAUCAGUAAAUAUAAUAUCUUUGUGGAGGACAUCAUGGUGAAGAAAAUAAAGUUUCUGUCACCUCAGUCCACUUACAGAGAGAUGAAAGAUCUCCUGGAGUCCAUGUCUCUCAAAACCAUCCCGCUCGUCGACUCCAAAGAGUCAAUGAUUCUAUUGGGCUCCAUUGAGAGAUGUGAACUUCAGGCCGCCUUGGAUUGGUCCCUCUCUGCUGAGAGGCGGGUUUAUAUCCGAGGUGAGGGCGUGUCCAGCCCGGGGUCAAAGGUCAACUGGGAGUCCUUCGCCUUUGUGGAUGACGAGGUUGGAGAGGAGAAUGGAGACAAGGGUAACACAGUCUCUGAAGAGUGUAACGGCCCACUGGGGUCCACCAAAACCACAGACGUCUCCACAAAUCACUCCACAUCUGCAGGUGCCCUGCAGUCUGUGAGGAGGACUCUUCGUCGUCUUUUCUCCUCAUCUUCCUCAUCAGGGCAGACUGAGCUGGAGAGCCCUGCAGCUCCUCCUGUAGUUGAUAACAUGACUCCUGAAGAGAUCAAAGCCUGGGAAGAAGAAGAGCUGGAUAAGCCCAUUGAUAUCGAUCAGAUCCGUGUUGACCCCUCACCUUUUCAGCUGGUGGAGAGAACAUCCUUGCAUAAGACUCACACCCUGUUCUCUCUGCUGGGUCUCAGUCAUGCGUAUGUAACUAGUAUUGGUAAACUGGUAGGGGUGGUCGCACUAAAAGAGCUCCAGAAAGCAAUCGAGGGUUCGACUCGUAGCGGAGUGCGACUGCGUCCUCCUCUGGCCAGUUUCAGAGACGCCAGACGGAAGGCCAAAAAGCCUUCGCGUUCCCCUUCCGUCCCAUCCUCUCCCACUCGGGACAGAGAGCUGUGGAGCGAGAGUGUGAAGAGAGAAACUAAAGACAAGUCCGCUGAUAGUUGUAUCCAGACAGACGUCAAAGAGUGUGAUAUAGCCACAGGCAGCAGCAGCAGAAGUACCGCCAGCACCUCUCAGGAGCAACUACCUUCCGCUUCUUCUUCCACACUCCCUCUCUCCUCUCGUCAUUCUGUGCCUGAAGGAGAGGUGGAUGCUGAUAGAGAGAGUGAUGAGGAGCCUUUAUAGGCCUAUUGUUUAUCAUUUUCUCAAAUUCAGCCCUCCGGGGGGAUGGAAACCAAAUUAUGGUGCCGACUUUGGGCCCAGCACAAGAGCUGCACCUUCAGACUUGUUGAUUGAUUUUCUACUCUCGACUCUACUCUACAGGACUCUCUAUACUCUUUCUUUCUAGAGGUUUUUUCACUUGUUGUCUAUACAUUUGUACAUAUGGACAGUCGGUCUGACGCAUCUCACUGAAUGUCUUCUCCUUCUUUGCUAGUCGAUCCCCGUGUUUGUCUGCUGAACCUGAUAUUAUAUCUGUAAAAAUGAAAAGAUUUGUUUCCCUAACAAGUGAUUUGUAUUUGAUCUGACCCUUGUCUUGGUAUAACUGAUAUUUCUUUUUAAUUGUAUAGAUGUGAAAUUUAAAACAAUAUUUCAGGUUCAAUACAAGUUUAACUCAGUUCAGUGCUAAUGUUAGCUUUAACUAAGAUUAUUUUAAAUUGUUUUGUAAAUUGAAAUGAAGCUGAAACGAUAUAUAUAUAAUUAGAAGUUUAAGUCAAAUGAAGUUAAAGUUCUAGGUUACAGUUGUUGACAUUAACGAACUAACAAUGGAAGCAUACUUCUAAAACAUUUAUUAAUCUUAAUGCUAAUUGCCACAUUUAUUAAUGCAUUAUUAAAAUCUAAAGUUUUAUCUUUUAAUGUUAUUUAAUGGACCUGGGCUAACAUAGGGUAACAAUGAACAGUUGUAUUUUUAUUAACUAAAAUAAACAAAGAUGAAUAGAUAUUGUAGCAAAUGUGUUGCUCAUUAGUUAAUGCAAAUGUUAUUAGCUAAUGGCACCUUGAUUAAAAUUAAAACAAAAAUGAAAAAUAAUUAUAGCUAUAAAUGCUAUAAUAGUAUGUACAUAAUACUAAAAUAACACUGGCUAAAUUGAAAACAUUUGUUACAAUAUUGAUUAGAACAACAUCUGUCCUUUGUUUUCUUUAAAUAAGCAAAAAUCAUUGUUAAUCUAUUUUUUGGGAGGGGGUGUGGUUAAAAGUAAAAAAAAUGAAGGUUUUAGUUUUAUAAAAGCACUUACAUUAAUUAUUCUGUGAAAAUGUGUGAAUAUUUUAAUAAAUACGGCUGUAAAGCUGUUUAAAUCAUAA